ACACACAGAAAAUAAUAGAAAACCUAUUACGGCUUUCCCUCGCAAUCAUCCCCCAAUUAUCAAACUGACCCCCAGGAACAACUUCACAGCCCCACUGCCUCCAAGCUUCUAAGUUGCCGUGGAUAGCGUCCCCGCUUACCUUGAGAUCAUAGAGAAGUUCUACAACUGUCAUAUUUAGAGAUGAAGAUAGCAGUAGAAGGGUGUAUGCAUGGAGACCUAGACAAUGUGUAUGCUACCUUAUUACACUUACAGGAUGUGGAGAAAAUAAAGAUUGAUCUUUUGAUAUGCUGUGGUGACUUUCAGGCUGUUAGGAAUGAGAAGGAUCUUGAAAGUUUAAAUGUGCCACCCAAGUACAAGAGCAUGAACUCUUUCUGGAAGUAUUACUCAGGAGAAAAAGUUGCACCAUUCCCAACUAUUUUCAUAGGGGGCAAUCAUGAAGCCUCAAAUUAUCUGUGGGAGCUAUAUUAUGGAGGAUGGGCAGCACCUCAGAUAUACUUCCUUGGAUUUGCUGGAGUAAUCAAGUUUGGUAACAUUCGUAUUGGGGGCCUCUCUGGAAUAUAUAAAUCACACCACUAUCAUUCGGGACAUUAUGAAAAGGUUCCUUAUAAUGAGCUAGAUAUACGAUCCAUAUAUCAUGUUCGUGAGUAUGAUAUUCACAAGCUUAUGCAAGUUGAAGAACCAAUUGAUAUCUUCCUUUCACAUGAUUGGCCCGUGGGCAUUACUGAUCACGGAAACUUGAAGAGUCUUCUCCGUCAAAAACCUUUUUUCGAGCAAGAGAUUCAAGAAGGAACUCUGGGAAGUAAACCUGCUGCAGAAUUAUUGGAGAAGUUGAGGCCAUCCUACUGGUUUUCUGCUCAUCUACACUGCAAAUUUGCUGCUUUGGUUCAACAUGGUGAGGGCUCCGUCACCAAAUUUCUUGCUCUUGAUAAAUGCCUCCCUGGUCGGAACUUUUUGCAAGUUAUUGAAGUUGAGUCAGAGCCAGGACCAUAUGAACUCCAGUAUGAUGAAGAAUGGCUAGCAAUUAUGAGGAAGUUUAACUCUAUCUUACCUCUGACAAUUAGGCAUGCAGAUUAUAGCAAUGUACAGCUUGACCUGCAAGAAUGCCGUCAUUUUGUAAGGAAUAAACUUCAAUCAAGAGGGGCCAAACCUUUUGAUUUUGUGCGCACUGUGCCAUGCCACGAUCCUCGUCAACCUCUUGCUAAUGGUGUCUUUUCUGGUCACUGCCGAAAUCCCCAAACAGAAGCCUUAUUACAGCUCCUUGAACUUGAAUAUCUUCUUGAUAACAUGUCAGAAUCAAGGGAGUUUUCUGGAAGUCCAGCUUCAUUUAUUUCUAGUUCGUUUGGCUAUGGUACUGAAGAUAUCCCCAUUGAUGAUGUGGAUGAUAUUGAUGAACCAAAAGAGGCUGAUGCCAGUGAAACUGAAAAUGAACAAAUAUAGAACUUGUUUAUUGGUAAUCCAGCUGCAAUGGAAGUUCAACCAGAAGAAUGUAUUGUUUGUAAUAUGAUUGUAGUACUUAGAUUGGUUACUAGUCUAAAAUUCAGGAACUCACCUGUCACAUUGAUUGAAUACCUAUUGCAGCAGCAAUAGUAGGUAGAAUGCAAAGGCUGAGUAUGCUCUGUAAAGAGGAGUAUCGUAGCAGUAUAAUCAGAACCACCAUUACAAUUUAUUCAAUAGACACAGAUUCAUGUUUCUUUAUUAA